AUGGCCUCACUGCCACCGGAGCCCGCCGAGGGCUGCACGCUGCGCCUGGAAAUCCAACCGCGCGGCCAGGCGCCGCGCCGCCUCGAGCGCAAGUUCGACGGAGACGACACCGGCGCUCUGGUACUAAGGUGGCUCGCCGCCGAGGGCUGCACCGACUGCUUCCAGGACUGGCGUUUAUACCGCGUCGACGUGCACCCGGAGGUCGUGAUCCAGGAGACCUUCGCCCGACAGACGCUGCAGUCACUAGGACUGUGGCCGUCGGCGCGUUUAGCGUUGCGCCCGCGGCCCACGUAUCGGAUCACGGUUAGGACCGCCCGGUCCCAGGACGGUGAAUGUCUACUGGAGUGCUUCGCCGACGAGACCGCUUCAGCGAUAGCGCGGCGCGCGUGCGAGAAGCUGCCGCUAUUUUGUAGCGACCGCUUACAAGCGAGGGACUGGGACAAGUGCCGCUUAGUGUACGCCGGCAAAAUUAUCGAAGGCCUCGGCGACGUCGACCAGGACGCGACGCUCUUCCUCGCGCCGCCGCCGCCUACCACAACACCGGAGCCGCCAAGAGUAGACGAAGGCCCGCCGACCUGCCGCAUCUGCUACUCGGAAGACAAUAGUCAAGAGGACCCGCUCAUCAGUCCCUGCCUGUGCACCGGCACGAUGCGCCACGUCCACGUGUCCUGUCUGAACGCCUGGCGCGCCGCGGCGCCGGACGCGCGGUCUUCCUUUAGGUGUGACCAGUGCCGCUACGCCUACCGCAUCGAACGUACAAAAGUUGCGGCGUUCCUCGGGACAAGAAGGGGCGCGUUGCUCGUCGCGUUCUCCGUGCUACUUUGUGUUGUUCUUGUUAUGGGCUACCUAUGUCUCUUGGUCGUUCCUCCACACAAGCGGGUGUGGUUGUACCGGUGGCUUAGAUUAAGGACGCGCCUCGACCAUCGCGCCGAGGAGGUCAUAACGCUGGGCCUCGCCUGCGUCGGCCUGGGCAUGUUCUCCCUGUAUGCCUGCCUGGAGGUCGCGGCGGCGCAGCACUUCCGGCGGCCGACGCCGGCCGCGUUACUGGCGGUCUGGAUCGCGGCCGAGGUGCGAGAUGCGCGGCGCGGGCGCGCCUUAGCUGUGGUCGGAUUGUGGCUCGCGGGCCAGGCGACGUGGCGCACGGCCUUCCACGCGGCGCGGGCGCUCGCGCAGAAGAUCGGCGACCGCGUUUUGGACGUGCAGGCCGGUGAUUGUGCCGGCGUCUCUUACACUUCCUGCCGUCGAUGA